AUGGCCAAACGCAAGAGACAAGCUGUCGCGCAGAGCGAGCCCGUCGCUGAGCCUUCGGUCGUCACGAAGAAGGUCAAGGGCGCCAAAGCUCUCAAGGAAAAGCCUGUAAAGGAAAAGGCUCCAGUGCCUGUGAAGAAGACUACGACCGAUAAGACUGCUUCGAAUGCGCCCGAGACAAUCCAAAUCGUCGUCGGCUCCUACGAUCGAGUUCUUCACGGAUUGACAGUGACAGUUGGAGGCAAGGAGAAGGCUGAAUUUGCCGACACAUUCUUGUUCAAUGCCCAUACCUCAGCAAUUCGUUGCGUCGCCGCCUCGCCCAUUUCAGCGCCUGUCCCCGGACAAACACAGAAGGUCAUGCUUGCUUCUGGCAGCACUGACGAGCGCGUGAAUGUUUACAACCUAUCUGCGCACCCCCCAAGCCGAAAGAACCAAGAGAUUAUGGCCAAGGUGGCACCCCGACCGAUCCUCGAGAACCCCAAGAACCGAGAGGUCGGCACGCUGCUUCAUCACUCUUCGACGGUCACAUCGCUUUCCUUCCCUACACGAUCAAAGCUGCUGUCGUCAAGCGAAGACUCUACGAUUGCGGUUACACGAACCCGAGACUGGUCUUUGCUCAGCAACAUCAAGGCGCCCAUUGCCAAGCCUCAAGGUCGUCCCAGUGGUGAUACAGCACCUUUCGGAGGUACACCGUCUGGUGUCAACGACUUUGCCAUCCACCCCAGCAUGAAGCUUAUGAUCAGUGUUAGCAAGGGCGAGCGUUCAAUGCGAUUAUGGAACUUGGUCACCGGCAAGAAAGCUGGAGUAUUGAACUUUAGCAAGGACAUGCUGCAGGAGGCUGGCGAGGGAAAACACUCUACUGGUGAGGGACGAAGGGUUGUUUGGGGAAGCGUCGAUGGAGCAGAUGAAUUCGCGGUUGGAUUUGAUCGGGACAUUGUGGCCUUCUCAAUGGACAGUGUUCCUAAGUGCCGAGUGAUGGGAUCGAUCCGAACCAAGGUGCACCAAUUCUUUUAUGUUGCACUAGAUAAAGAGGGGGAUGAAACGCUGUUGGCUGUCGCCACGGAAGACGGGCGCAUCCUCUUCUUCUCCACCAAGGAGUCGGACCUUUCAAAACCGGACUCGGAUGACAAGAAGCUCCCAACGGCCAAGUUGGUGGGUCAGCUCGGCGGCAAGUCAGACGGAGUUCAGGGCCGCAUCAAGGACUUUGUGGUGGUGCCGAGCGCUGAGGACGCCUCAACGCUGUACGUGGCGGGUGGAAGCAGUGAUGGACGGGUUCGUCUGUGGCGGGUAGGAGUGUCGGAAUUGCAGGGUAACGGCAAGGAAGAGACCAAGGGAGAAUUGUUGGGGACAUAUGAGACGCAAAACAGAAUUACCUGCAUGACAGGAUUCAUGAUGAUACCCCGACCUGAGGGAGUUGAGGACAGCGAAGAUGAAUUGGAUGAUGAGGAUGAGGAUGAGGAUGAGGGAAGCGACAGCGGUGAAGAUUAA